GGAAGAGGUCAUCCUCACACAUCCUUCAACGUCAAUGAAAACCUAAACACCAAACCAAAGCAAAUAAACUAACAGAAAAUAAUAACAGAACUACUCCCCCAACCUCAACGGUUACAUUUCAUCCUCUCUCUCUCUCUCCCUCUCUCUCCCUCUCCCUCUCCCCCUCUUCUUAGUCUUGGUUUCUUUUUCGCAAAACCAAAGCCAACAUACAUACAUGCAUGCACUUUCUCUCUUGGAAAAAAGAAAAGGAGAGAAAAGAAAAGAAAAGAAAAAACAUGAACCAAAUCGGACCCACGACCACAACAUUCCUGUCUCUCCCUUUAAUCUCGGAGGAGACUCAUUUUUUUGACACGUUAACACAGAAAUCCUACGCAAAUCUCGCAGGUUGCACAACACACAACACUCCUACAUUUCCCAAAAAUAACAACAAGAACUCUGUUUUCUCUCUGUUUUUCUUCUUUUUUGGAUUGAUUACUAAUGGGGUGCCCUCAAAAGUUUUAAUCUUGAGGUAAUGUGGUAGUGACCUUCAGAAAAUAAACCCAUUUUCCCGAUCUGGGUCGGGUUAAUGGGUUGCAUUUACUCCAAAAGGGCGGUGUCUGUGGCCGCUGCCACCCCUGCUAAUCUACAACCACCAUACACAGCGACUGUUUUUGAUCUUGCCUCAGAAAAUCCGUCUGGAUCAUUGGAUUUUGAGCAGAAUCACUUCAGCAAGGAUAAAAAAGAUAAAAGCUAUAAUAUUUAUAGAAAAAAUAGCUUGUCAUAUAAAAAUGGUGGCCAUAAUGAAGGGGGGGUGAUAUAUGAAGAUCAACAACGUCGUCAUCAUCAUCAUCAAAGUAGCAAUCAUGGAAACAAUAAAAAUUUGAGGAAAAGAGGGAGCUCUGGUAGUGGAUCAAUUAGUUUCAAAUUGGGGUUCUCAAGUAGGAAUGUUGGGGUUGAACAGGUUGCUGCUGGAUGGCCCUCUUGGCUUAGUGCUGCAGCUGGUGAAGCCAUUCAUGGUUGGGUGCCUCUAAGAGCUGAAGCUUUUGAGAAAUUAGAUAAGAUUGGACAAGGCACUUACAGCAGCGUGUUCCAAGCACGCGAUGUUGAAACUGGGAGGAUGGUUGCCCUGAAGAAGGUUCGCUUUGACAAUUUUAAACCAGAGAGCAUUAGAUUUAUGGCCCGUGAAAUAAUGAUUCUCCGUAGGCUUGACCAUCCAAAUAUUAUGAAGUUGGAGGGAAUAAUUACUUCUCGAUUGUCGAGCAGCAUUUACCUCGUGUUUGAAUACAUGGAGCAUGAUCUUUCUGGACUGUUGUCUUCUCCAGAUAUCAAGUUCACUGAGUCACAGGUCAAGUGCUAUAUGAAGCAGCUAUUAUGUGGAAUUGAGCAUUUCCAUUCACUGGGUAUAAUGCACCGGGAUAUCAAAGCAUCCAACAUUUUGCUAAACAAUGAGGGAAUUCUGAAAAUAGGAGAUUUUGGAUUGGCCAAUGUUCUUAAUUCAAGGAACCAGAACCAAUUAACAAGUCGUGUGGUGACUUUAUGGUAUCGUCCCCCUGAACUUUUGAUGGGCUCAACAAGUUAUGGUGUAUCAGUGGACCUGUGGAGUGUGGGCUGUGUAUUUGGUGAAAUCCUCUUUGGGAAGCCUCUACUCAAGGGGAGAACUGAGGUUGAACAAUUACACAAAAUCUUCAAACUUUGUGGCUCUCCUUCUGAUGACUUCUGGAAACGAUCUAAGCUUUCCAAUGCUACCAUGUUCAAACCCCAGCAUCCUUAUGAAAGUUCUCUUCAAGAGAGGUGCAAAGAUAUUCCAGCAGCUGCUUUGGACCUGAUGGAAACUCUUCUUUCCAUAGAACCAGAAAAGCGUGGGACUGCCUCCGCUGCCCUUUUGUCGCAGUAUUUCAGAACAACGCCAUAUGCAUGUGAGCCAUCAAGCUUGCCACAGUAUCCACCUAACAAAGAAAUGGAUGCCAAAUAUCGAGAGGAAGCACGAAGGAAAAAGGUUGGUAGUAGAAUGCGAGAUCCAGGACUCCCAAGAAAACCAAGAAGAGUUCAUCGGACAUUCCAGGAACAAAACUUCAAUAAAUUUGCACCAAAGGAGGAAGUGAAAGAUAACUCUGAAUUUGUUCGUUUGGCUAAUGAUAAUAAUGCAUAUGUGAAAGGAAGAAAAGGAGCGAGCAGAGAGCAAAAUUUAUUUUCUGAUACAAUCUCAGAGACAGCCCAGGCAACAAAAGGACAUUAUUCUUUCACGGGACCAGCACAAGUCACAGCAUCAAGUGGCUUUGCAUGGGCAAAGACACGGAAAGAGGAUUCUACAUCCACAGUAUCUUAUGAUCCAUCUGUCUCAUCAAGUCAAAUUAGUGCUGAAGAUUCAUCAAGGUUCAACUUUGCAAACAGCUCCUUUGACUUCACGAACGCAGAGAAUGGGAGAAACAAUUUCCUUGAGGCUUCUGCCAAGCAUGUGAUGCAGAAGCAGCAUAACCAAUCUGAUCCCUUUGAUUCUCUUAAUGCAUCUGAGGCAUACUAUUUUAAUGAUCUCAACAGAACUGAAGAUGCAGUUGUGGACCACAGUAAAGAAAGGGAGAAGAUUGAAUUUUCAGGCCCUUUGUUAUUCAGACCAAAUAAAAUUGAAGAACUCUUGCAAAGGAAUGAAAGUCAAAUACGUCGAGCAGCUCGAAGAACAAGGUUGGCUACAGAAAUGUGAUGCAAGGAUUCUACGAUUGGCAAACCAUUCGAUUCCUUCAAGCAGGCAGUAAAUUGUGCAGAACUCCUUGCUAACUCGGGAAAAUCAUAGGCCUUGUGUCUUUUAUAGUGCUUUCUAUUACUCUUGAGUUCAAAAGAAUUCUUCUUUUUGACGUAUUAGUGCUACCUUUGCUUAGGUUUUAACAUGUGUUCAAAUCCACCAAUUCCACAAAAAACAAAGGGGGUUUUGAAUU